AAACAGGUUGAGCCAUGUCUGAGGGCGUUGCCCCAUGGAAUUUGUAGGUAAGGAUGAUUUAUACCUGCGUGUUCCCAGCACAGAGAGGCCAGUUACGUUCUGCAGCUUCCAGAGGGAACAAGCCUCCUGAGGAGUACAGUUAUUCCAGUUUUCCAGGGACCCAGGUAUCGCUGCUGAGACUGCAAUGGCGUGGUGGAGGGCCUGGAAUGAAGCAGAGGGCAAGUCCACGAUAGGUGCUUUAAACUUUGAUCCCGUACCUGAUGCCCAGACUCUCUACAAGGCCAUGAAAGGGCUUGGGACUGAUGAACAGGCUAUAAUUGAUGUCCUAACCAAGAGGAGCAAUAGGCAGCGUCAGGAGAUUGCCAAAUCCUUCAAAGGACAGUUUGGAAAGGACCUGAUUGAAAGCCUGAAGUCUGAACUGAGUGGCAACUUUGAGAGGCUCAUUAUAGCUCUCAUGUACACCCCAUUCAAGUAUGAUGCCAAGGAGCUCUAUGAUGCCAUGAAGGGUGUGGGAACAAGUGAAGAUGUUAUCAUAGAGAUCCUGGCAUCCCGGACAAAAUCUCAGAUCAAAGAGAUAAUCAAGGCCUACAAAGAAGAAUAUGGUUCUGAUCUUGAGGAAGACAUAAAAUCGGAAACAAGUGGUCACUUUGAACAGAUCCUGGUUUGCCUUCUUCAGGGUGAGAGGGACAAUGCCACUCUCUAUGUGGACACAGCGCUGGCUCUCCAGGAUGCAAAGACUCUCUAUGCUGCUGGGGAGAAGAUACGGGGCACUGAUGAGAUGCAGUUCAUCACCAUCUUGUGCUCAAGGAGUGCCACACACUUGCUUAAAGUGUUUGAAGAAUACCAGAAACUGGCCGGUAAGAGCAUAGAGGACUCUAUCCAGAGUGAAACUCAUGGCUCGCUUGAGGAUGCCAUGCUGGCUAUUGUGAAAUGCACCAGGAACGUCCAUUGCUACUUUGCAGAGCGGCUGUACCAUGCAUUAAAGGGGGCUGGCACCGAUGAUGGGACCCUUAUAAGAGUGAUUGUUUCUCGGAGUGAAGUUGACCUAAAUCUUAUAAAGCCCGAAUUCAAGCGUAUGGCAGGAAAAUCUCUCUCCAGUAUGAUUCUGGAUGACACCAGCGGUGAUUACAAGACAGCUUUGCUGAAUCUCUGUGGCAGUGACUGACAAAAUCUAGGAGGAGGAUCUGAAACAGAUACAGAAAGAAAAUCAACAGGGGACAAGGGUCUGAAGGUGUACAUGUAGCAAACUCAUUGAUCCACGUGGGAAGAAAAAGAUCAAAUUAAUGGUCAUGACUUCCAAAGCUCUCUGAAGUAUGUGGGAGCUGUUAGCUUCCCCAACGUUUUUUCAAACACAAGUGGGAAUGUUUCUUUUUUGUUUCCAUUCUUUUCUGUGUGAUUUCCCUUCUCUUUUAGUAUGCUGUGAUGGGUGGCACUUAGAUGUGAAAUUAAAGAUGCUUUUUCAACCCUCUGUAGGUGUUUUGCAAGU